AGCUAGUAAAUGACCAGAUUAUCUUCUCAGAUAUAACACAAUUUCCAAGCGAAUCGAACUGAAGUACAUAAAAAAAGGCUCUGAACUGAGUUUUUUGUGUGUAACCUUUGCUUCCUAGCGUGCAUUGUUACUCUAAAGAUACCGGUUUAAAAAGUCGCAAUUGGUGUUUUAGUUGAUCCUUCUACGUUAGCCACAAUGGCUGAGUUUGGUUUCAAUGAACACCAUCAGAAUGAAACCAUCAACUACAUGCGCUUUGCACGCUCUAAGAGGGUCCUGAGACUUAAGACUAUUGACACCUGCUUUGAAGAGCUCAAGGACAGCCGACUGGUAGAGGAGACGUUCACGGUGGAUGAGGUGCGGGACAUGCUGGACGGGCUGCAGGCGGUGGUGCGUGGGGAGGUGGAGACGGAGCUCAUCAACACGGCCCACACCAACGUGCUCCUCCUCAGACAGCUCUUCUCCCAGGCUGAGAAGUUCUACCUGCGUCUGCAGGCCGACAUCUCAGAGCUGGAGAAUAGAGAACUGUUAGAACAAGUGGCUGAGUUUGAGAAGACAGAUUUUAAAAGCACUAAUAAGGUCAACCAGGAGAUCAGCAAGCCUAAGCUAGCACCCCUAAAUGAGGGAGGGGUGUCGGAGCUCCUGAACAAGGAGAUAUCCAGACUGCAGGAGGAGAACGAAAAGCUGAAAGGCAGACUCCGGACGCUGGAAUCUCAGGCCAUGAGUGCUAUGGAUGAGAAGAGCCAGGCUGAGCGAGCUCUGAAAGAUCUGCAGAAGAUCCAAGGGGAACAGCAGCUGGCGUGUCGUUCCCAGGAGAUCAGCAGCCUGGAAGGAACGGUGUCGGCGCUGCAGGAGGACUACCAGCGCUCCCUCCACGCCAGCGCCGCCUCCCAGAAGGACCUGCAGCAGAACCUGGUCUCUGCCAAGCACGACCUGCUCAGGGUCCAGGAUCAGCUGGCUCUGGCUGAGAAGGAGCUAGAGAAGAAGUUCCAACAGACUGCAGCCUACCGCAACAUGAAGGAAAUACUCACCAAGAAGAACGAGCAGAUCAAGGAUAUCAGGAAACGACUGCAGAGAUAUGAGUCCGAUGAAUGAGCCUCACCCAGUACAGAUGAACGUGACCCAGCAGACCAGGACGACAAAUGGACCUAUCAGAAGAGAGUGUGGAGGAGAGACCGAACAAAUCAUUUAUCUUACGGCUGCACUUGUAGAACGAGAGACGCUUCCCCCCAGAAUUCUAUCAUCCAGCUUCUCCAACAUCUUUUCUAGUCAUUGACUUUAGUAGAGGAAUGUGAGUACGGUCGUGGCAUUUGGUGGAUGGAGAUUGUGGGCCCAGCAGAUGUUUCUAGUUUCUGGAAGUUUCUGAUUGUUCUGCUACCAUGGUGUGGCCUCCCGUAAAGUUGCAGUUGUAGCUUGUGUAUGUUUUAUUCAAUCAGUUUCUUAGUCAGCUAGCGUCCUAUGCAAGUACUGUCACACCCCCUGUCAAAGUUGGCCUUCUCAUGAUUUUGGUGUUGAGUAAAAAUGCUGGAUACCUUGAGGCCUGCAGUCAAACCUCUCUCUCUCUCUCAUCAAACUGAUACAUAGUUCUAUGGCACCACAUAGAUGAACCUGUCUUCUUUAUGCACUAGUGUGUCUGCUAUGUUCACCAGUCAGACAACAACUGCUUUAUUCAGAAUGACGAACCCUACAAAAGCUUGUGUGAUAGAGGUAGGGAUUAGCCUAAUGGAGCAAGGUACUUUACAUUUCAGUUACGCUAGCGAGUUAGUUUUCUUUGAGACCUUUCCUUGAUACCUUGGAGGAACGUCUGGGGAAAUGUGGUGCAGUCACAAUGUAAUUUAUGACACGUGCUUUAAUUUCUUACCGUUUAUAUCUUCUGUUACUGCUUAAUGAUGUGUGUGAGUAGGGAGUAUUUUUAUGGGAACACCAAACUGUGUAUUUUUUCUUAAAUGCUGACAGUAAUGAAAGUGAAUGAAAAGCUAUAUAACUCUGCCUCUGAUGUAAUGCUCUUGUAGAGUAUUAUGCAUCUAUUGUUCUGUUAGACAUGCAUAUGUGUGUAUUGUGCAAAGUGGGAACUAAAUAAAAAAAACGGUU